AUGUGUGCACUGAACAACCCAUUGGUCGGGCUGCACGCUGACUUCCGGCCUACGCAACUUCGCGAACUCCACCGCCGAUCUUCCAGUCGUAUAAAUGUGGUGGCCGUGCGUCGGUUUGUGGCCGGAAGCUGUUCGCGUUGCAAUGAAGACCUGCGUCUUGGUGCUCCUGGCCGUUCUGGCUAUCGUCGUGGCUGCCGAGGAGUAGGUUUUAACUUUGACGGUUGUCAUCUAACCACCUUUUCUUUCCGUCUAGUGAGGUAGGUCUGGAUACGUUCUUGGGCUGAUGAAGGCACAGCCGGACUUUUCUACAAAUCAAUGAAAUUCCCAUAAAGUUUUCGUGGUUAUCUUGACUGACAGCUGUCCUUUGUGUCAUUUCGUUUGUUUAUCGCACCCUAGAAACCCUCUGA